UUCAUCAAAAAAUAUUGGAAUUUUUUUUUUGAGGUUAUAAUUUUUUGCAAUCAAAUAUCUUACCGUGCAAAACCCCGAUCGGGAUAACCUAUAUGUCUAUAUAAAGACGAAGGAGUUUUCUUUCAAUAUUUCAAAAUUCAUAAUAAUCGUAUGCACAGUUUUUUUUAUAAUGAUUUUUAAAAAAUUUGCAUUUGAUCAAUAAAUAAAUUGAGUCAUACAGCAACUAAUUAGGGUUUAACAGCCAACACCAUCUAGUGUUUGUUUUCGUUUUAUGUGUGAUAAAUUUCAGGGUUUGAAAAUGCUGGACUAUUUUCAAGCAAUUAUUUUUGUUUACGAAAAUGAAAUAAGCAAAAUGCAAAUGCAACAUUCAGUUUGCGUUUAUGUUUCAUACUAAGUGUGUGCGAAGGUUGAAGCAAUGAAUCGGGAUAUAUUAACUGGCGUAUUGAUUGGGCUGCUGGUUGACGGUAAAAAUCAACCCCAGCGUCAACAGCAGCAACGAAACCGCCGACCAGCAGGAAACUACCAGCGGCACCAGGAAAGUGUCCGACGACGGGAAGAAAACCGCCGACGACGCGAAGAAAACCUCCGGCGGCAUUAGCAUUAUUCUGUCUUUUAGGAGGUAUUUUUUAUUAACUAAAUUUAUUAUUCAUCAUUAUAAUAUUAAACAUCAUUAUUAAACUUUAAAUAGAAUGUGAAAAAUCUGAUGAAGCUCUAAAAUGUGGAUUGCUGAAGUUUCCGGAUGUUCUACAUCCGUUACUAGAAGAAAUGUCAGUACAAACUGAUAAACGUGUGUUGAAUAAGUCAUACUGUCCGUCAGAAAUUUCUGGCUCUCAAUCUCCAGCCUUACAUCAACUGGUUUGCCUUUAUGUUUGCCCUGGUUGGAAUGUAAUGUCAACAGCGUACUUGAUCUCAUCGAGCGCAACGAUGCAAUUAUCACUGAUUACAACCAGAUACGUGCAUUGCGUUAUGGUAAACCACCUCGACCCACCUUACGUCAUGUAUUUGCCUAUGAUUUUAAGGAGAAAGUGCCAUUGGCAAGUUUUUUUGUCAAAGAAUCAAUUCACAAUUGUAACGUAUCAUCCAUUUGCACCACCAUAUUCAAUUAAUUCUUAUGAAAGCUGUGCUACAAAUCAACAAUCAAUAUGCUACAUGGACAAGUACCUGCUGCUAGAUCUAACAAUGCUGAACCACCAACAUCGCCACGAACCUAAUAUAAAGCCGACCCAAUUGAUAGACAACCACUAUUUAUAGCAUUUAAGGUUGGUGAAGAUGGUGCAGCUGGUACUGCUGAGACUGGGACUUCAUAUCAUAAUCUUACGUAAUCCUCGCAUAAUAUUGUGGAUGCAAUGCGUGACUUUUUACAUAAUUUCCGUAUAACUUGCUCGUUGGUCAGAAUGAUGAUAAUAACAGUUUUGAAGAAGACACCAUGUCUACUCUUUUUUAUC